CCUACGUGUUUAACACGCGGAAGUUGCUAACGAAUGAUUGGCGCCAUGUCCGUUCACGUGAUUUUCGCAGUCAGGCGAAUUUACUUUGGUGGAGUGUGGAAUACGGCACACGUUCUUGUACACUCUCUUCUAGGAACUGGCUGUUUUUAUCAGAUUCAGGGCUACAGCACUUUCCAGCGCUUUUUGUGCAGCUUCUAGCUGUAGAUUGGUGUGUUGUUUCUUUUUCCGCAUUGCUGGUUGAUGCGGAAGGCCUGUCAUGAACGCGCGCGUAGUUCCUAGAAGAGGAUACCUUCGUGGAGGAGAGCGAGCGAGCGUCACCUACGUGGUUGGAGACUUCAAUCUUUUUCCAGAUAUGUGGGGAGGCUUUUCGUUGGAAUUCAGAGGAUCUAGAGCUACAAGUCUCGCAGAAGUAACUAGAGUGGAUGUGAGGACAUUUCAAUUUGUUAUUCCAGAUCAUGGUGUGGCUGAAACUGUUACUGUGACUUUGACGUGUUCUAACCAUCAAUUCAAUCAAUGCUGCAUUCCUUCAUUUGAAUAUGAGUUUGUGGACGGCUUCGCAAAAAUUGCAGACUUUCUACCCGUGAACAAGACUCCACUGGCUGUUCCUCUUGUUGUGGCAUUGGGGAUACGUGAUGACACUACUGACUAUGGUGCGAUGGAUAGGGCAUUUGUUCAUUUUUACAAUGAGGAUAUUCCUCCUAGUCUUUUGUUUAGAUCAGUUAUAAAUGAUCUUCAUGCACUGACAGAAGAUGAGAAUUUGCUGCAUAUUUGUUCUGAUCUUGGCUUGUCUCAGUUUUUGGCUUAUAUAUGUCAUAAUCAUUCUGAUGCAUCUGAUGCUCUGAAGGCAACCUGGAAGGGACGAACUCCAUUGGAUGUUGCAAGAUAUAGAGCAUGCAUGCCAGCAGACUCAGGAUGUCAUGAUGGUCAUAUUGAAGCUCGAAGUCUUCUAGAGCCAAUGCAAGAGCAGAUGCUCUAUGGUGCGUAUAUUUUAAUUUUGUUCUUUGUUUUUUGUGUUACUGCACAUCUAUCAGACUUGGACAAAAUUAUAGGGACACCUGGCAUUUUUGUGUGUAGUCUAACUUUGGCACUGAAUUUUUCUCUAGCAAAACCAAAUGUUUUUCAAAUUUCUUUUUUCAUGGAUUGCGCCAUUGUUAGUAUGUAACAUAGCUU